AUGGAUCAAGCAAACCCCCCGCCCAAACAACAACGACGUCCUUCCACCAAACUUCACAAACAUCCUCAUCAACUCUCUUCAAGCUCCUGGUCGCUCAGAAAACAGCCAAGUGUUACUUCUCUUCGAAGACACCCUUCCGCCCCCGUGUAUCCCCGCUCCCACGCUGGUUCUAGCUCUGAACACCUUCGAACCAGAUCCAACGUCUUUGGUUCCUCCUCAUCCUCUCUCGAUCGGAACAGCGCCCGCCAUUCGCCAGCCCUCAACACAGCUAUUACGAGCGAUAUUGGCGCCUCCGCGUCCAACAUUUCUGUUCAAUCCCGCCUUCAAUAUAGCCAUCGGCAUUCUUUUACUGAUCGAAGUUCCGAUGAUUUAAUCGGGAGUCCUUUCGACGCGCGGACUAUGCUCAACGCCCUCGAUUCAUCCAAGCCAGGCGACCAGCCUCAGUCUGCAAGCCGUCCCCCUCUCCUACACUCUUACCACACUAGUCCCGACCCUGGUUCUUUAAAUCCCUCGCUGGGGCAGUCCACGAGCUUCACACCACUCCCGCAAUCUAUGGACCCCUCCUCUACCUCUCCUACUGAGGAUGGCGGAACCAUUUCAUCCUCAAAUCGAUAUUCUGAUGAGAGCGGAGGUGGAAAUGGUGGCGUCGGUAGAAUCGGUUUGAGUAGGCGGAAGACAGGGUUUUCCAAUUUUAUGAAUAGCAUGCUGGGCUCUCCUCGAAACAUCAAAAUCUCGGCCCCGGAGAACCCCGUUCACGUCACACAUGUCGGGUAUGAUAAUGAGACCGGUCAAUUUACGGGCUUGCCGAAGGACUGGCAGCGUAUGCUCCAAGAAAGCGGCAUUUCAAGGAAGGAGCAAGAGCAACAUCCACAAACCAUGGUGGAUAUCAUGAAGUUUUACGAGAAAAACGCUGGUGGUCGGGAUGAAGAUGACGUUUGGCAUAAAUUUGACCAUGCCGUGGCCCACGAACAUAACGAGAUUGGGCCUGGUUCAAAAAGUGCAUCUGGUGCGCUGAGCCCCGGCCCAUAUACACAGCUCCACGCCAUAAACUCUCCGCCGAUCAGCCCCAGAUUCCCACAAAACCACGAAGGGAGCUUCGAAAAUCCCAGGGCACCACCGCCAAUUCCACGCUCCUCAUCCAGCGCGAAACCUCUACCCCCUAACAAAACAAACUCUCUGUCUAGUAGAGUACCAAACCGCGCUGCUCCAAAACCUCCAGGCGUUCCAACUAAUAAUUUGAUUCCUGUUCGACCUGCCCCGCUGCCUCCAGUUUCAAAGGAGCCCAACAGUGGUUCCAAUCGGCCGGCACAUGAGCUGCCUGCACAGUCCUUUGCGGCGCGCCCAACUGCGGAAUCUGGCCAGUUGCCUCUUGAAACGCAUCCUAGUCCAUCUAAUCUGAAUGCCAAUGACGCAAGUUUCGAAGGAAACGCCCUGGCACAAGCAACGGCUCCCACUCAAUAUCAACAGCUCCAGGAGCAAGCCACUACUGUUGCUCAACAUGCCGUAUCCCAUAAACAGCUUGAACGAUCAAGAAGUCAACGCCAACAGCAAGGGCUACAGUCUCAGCCACAACCGCCACGCAUGCACCUGCAACAUGUCCCUCCUUCCGUACAACAGCAGCAGCAACAGCAAGAAACAACUGGGCUAACAGAUUCGGCACCUCCAUGGCCCGAACGCCAGCAAUUCAUCCCACCCACUACCCACCAGCAGUUCUCGCAAAAAGCACCUGUUAUACAGCAGGCACCACACCAACAAGGUCACCUUGGUCCAUCUCCCCGGCCGCGCCAACGACCACGCCAGAGCAACGGGCUUGACAUCAGGGCCCGGCUAAAUGCAAUUUGCUCGAGCGGCGACCCCACCCGCAAGUAUAGGAAUUUAAAUAAAAUUGGACAGGGUGCAUCCGGCGGCGUGUAUACCGCUUAUGAGAAUGGGACCAACAAAUGUGUCGCGAUCAAACAAAUGAACCUUGAACUCCAGCCCAAGAAAGACCUGAUCAUCAAUGAGAUUCUUGUAAUGAAGGACAGUAAGCACAAAAAUGUCGUGAAUUUCAUGGACAGCUAUCUGCAUGGCGGGGACCUCUGGGUUAUAAUGGAAUAUAUGGAAGGGGGAAGUUUAACAGAUGUUGUUACCUUCAACAUUAUGACAGAAGGCCAAAUUGCGGCAGUGUGUAGAGAGACCCUCAAUGGGUUACAACAUCUCCAUUCGAAAGGUGUUAUCCAUCGAGAUAUUAAGUCCGAUAACAUCCUUCUCUCCCUGGAUGGCAAUAUCAAACUCACCGACUUCGGUUUUUGUGCUCAAAUUAAUGACUCUCAAAAUAAACGCAAUACAAUGGUUGGAACUCCGUAUUGGAUGGCUCCUGAAGUUGUUACGCGCAAAGAAUACGGGCGAAAAGUUGAUAUCUGGAGCUUAGGUAUUAUGGCAAUUGAAAUGAUAGAGGGGGAGCCCCCUUAUCUCACUGAAUCACCGCUGCGUGCUCUCUAUCUGAUUGCGACAAAUGGCACCCCAACAAUUAAAGAUGAACAAAAUCUGUCACCUGUUUUCCGAGAAUUUUUGCAUUUUGCCUUGAGGGUUGAUCCAGAGAAAAGGGCCUCUGCCCAUGAUUUACUCAAGCACAAUUUCAUGUCCCUAUGCGAACCUCUUCCGAGUCUUGCGCCUCUUGUUAGAGCAGCCCGGAUAAGCAGGGCUCAAGAGAAGGCCCAGAAAGGAAGUGGCUAG